AUGACGCGCGUCACCCUGCUCGACUACGGCGCCGGCAACGUGAAGUCGCUCUACAACGCGCUCGUCGCUCUCGGCUGCGAUGUCGAGCAGACGGACAAGCCAGAGGCCGUCGCGUCGGCCGCGAUUCUCUUCUUCCCGGGAGUGGGCGCGUUUGGCUCUUGCAUGGCGAUGCUCGAGCGAAAACAGCUG